UCUGUAUCUGUGACCGGGUCCUGGGCCCGGGGCUCCACUGCGGUCCGAGGGGAGCGGGCUCCGCUCGGCGCUACCUUCUGCGACCUGGCCGUCAGCCCCACGUCGCCGGCCUGGAGGGGCGAAGAAGACGAGGGGGCCAAGGCUUCCUCCGGGGACAUUGGCUCUCUGGAUUAUCAGGAGUUUGUAGUUGACAUUGAGUCCAAGCUGAGGAUGGAAGGUGUAGAACUCAAGGAAGAGUGGCAAGAUGAAGAUUUUCCAAUACCUUUACCAGAAGAUGAUAGUAUUGAAGCAGAUAUAUUAACUGUAACUGGACCAGAGAGCCAGCCUGAUGAUCUUCCAAAACCCAAAACUACUGAAGUAAUUAGGAAAGGCUCAAUUACCGAAUACACAGCAGCAGAGGAAAAAGAAGAUGGACGACGCUGGCGUAUGUUCAGAAUUGGAGAGCAGGACCACAGGGUUGAUAUGAAGGCCAUUGAACCCUAUAAAAAAGUUAUCAGUCAUGGAGGAUAUUAUGGGGAUGGAUUAAAUGCCAUUGUUGUGUUUGCUGUCUGUUUUAUGCCUGAAAGUGGUCAACCUAACUAUAGAUACCUGAUGGACAAUCUCUUUAAGUAUGUUAUUGGCACUUUGGAGCUGUUAGUAGCAGAAAACUACAUGAUAGUUUAUUUAAAUGGUGCAACAACUCGAAGAAAAAUGCCCAGUCUGGGAUGGCUCAGGAAAUGCUAUCAGCAAAUUGAUAGAAGAUUACGGAAAAACCUAAAAUCUCUAAUCAUAGUACAUCCCUCUUGGUUUAUCAGAACACUUCUGGCUGUUACAAGACCGUUUAUUAGCUCAAAAUUCAGCCAAAAAAUUAGAUACGUCUUUAAUUUGGCAGAACUAGCGGAACUUGUCCCCAUGGAGUAUGUUGGCAUACCAGAAUGCAUAAAACAGUAUGAAGAAGAAAAGUUAAAAAAGAAACAAAAAAGAGUUGAUCAAGAGCUUAAUGGAAAGCAAGAUGAACCAAAAAGUGAACAGUAAGUUUGGCAUCUAGUCCAAACAAGACUGAAGAAUGUGCUGAUGAAGCAAUGUUCUUUAUUGCAUUUAUAAUGCAUUUAUUGGCCCUGAUUUUUAUGUAACCUGUUACAAAAUUGACUUGACUUUUUCUCAGUGGACUUUUGAAUAAGGGACCUGUUCACUGCUGUAUUGGUUUGCAAAUCUCUUGAAGUUAGCUCCUACUAGCUAAUGAUAUUGUAAUCAACUUAUAUUUUAUAUUGCUAAAAGCAGAGAACCACACUUUAUAUAAAGUGGUUUUUGCAUUUGUUUAUUGAAUGAUGUGUCUUCUUCAGUAAAAUAUUUAUAUGCCUAGUUGGUAAAGGAAAGAGAUAAUAUAUAUUUUUAUGUUUUGAGCAAUAUUUUUUAAAGUCUGCCUGUUUUGUGGAAGAAUAUGCAGAUAAGUAAGACCAUGAUUUUGUAAAGUGCAUGUUAGAAUUUUUGUGUUUGUAAAUGGUUAACUACAUUUCCUGGGUAACUUAAACGAAAUAGCUCAUGAAGGACAGUUAAACUGGUUGUCAUGAUUACCCAAAGGUCAUGUGUAUGAUCUAAGUAGAUUAGUACCAUCCAGAGCUUUUUUUAUUACUUCACAUACAUUAUUCCUUAAUUCAGAAGCACAAAUACAAGUGUAUUCUACACUUUUUCCUUUUUAAACUUUAAAGACAACCAAAAAGCCAGUUUUAGAACUAGAGGACUUAAGAGGCUAAAAAUUGAGGUUUGUGCAUAUAUGUAUAUAUGGGACAUUUUAUCUUCUGGCCAAAAGUCAGACCUUUAUAAAAAUCUUAGAUUUGUUCACUAAUGUGAAAUAAGCUGUGUCCAGGGUGUCACUCUCCUGAAUUUGUGUGAGUGCAGUGUACUAUUCAGAGAACGUGAUGAGUUAUUCACGGUCACUACUUUUCUGUAGAAAGCAGGAGCUGCUUUUUUAACUGCUCUCACUGUGGGCACUUUACCAAAAUACUUCCAUAUCAGUUAUUUGAACUUAGUAGGUGUUUGACCUAGUCAGGUAUGGUGUGUUUUCACAUUUCCUAUUGAAUCAUGUUGACAGUACUGUAGAUGAUGUUAUUUUCUAAGUCUUAGAGCAUCAUUGUAUUAUACUGUUUUGGAUGACACAUUUGAUAUAGCAUAUAAACUUCUUGUUUAAUUUGGUAAGUACCUUGACUCUACAUUGAAAUAAAUUGUACUUAUGCCUUCAAACAGAAUUAAAUUUACCCACAGAAUCACCCUAAAAGAACAGAUAGGUCUAGUAUUGUGUCAUAUACUUGUGUGACUCAUACAUUUGGUAAUACCCUCCUAAUUUGAGAGUCAAAACACACUCCAGCUUUUCUUAUAAGGUAAUUUUCAAAAGAGUGUCCUGGAGUAGUAAAAUUGAAGUAAAUGAAUUAAAAUCUAAGCUUUUAAGAUUUAUUUUAUCCUAGACUCAAAACACAUGUGGCUUUAACCAUUGCCAUUUUUAGUAUGAAGUUUCUAUUACAAAAGAGAAUUUUUCUUUAUUUUUUGUCCUGUUCAGUCAUAAACUUGGCAUGCUAACUUAAGUCCAAUUAUGGGAGAUGCUGGAGGAUUCCCAGAAUGAGAUGUUGCUCAGCUGCCUAACUUGACUUGGAUCCAGCAGCUAUAGGCAGAUCUUGAACUAAUGUCAUUAUAGUGAACCAAGUCGAAACCUUUACUGUUUGCUAAAUGUUAGAAACACUUUGCAUUGCACUGAAAAAGCAAAUUAAUAAUUUAGGUAUUCCUUCUGACUUCACUACACGAGGAUUAUGAAUAAAGGACAAUACUGAAUUUAAUUGUGAUUAGAGUCUGUAUUUGUAGAGCACUUUAAGUAGCCUUUUAUCUAUAAAUCUUCAUCUGGCUCAAAAUGGGCUGAGCUUUAUUAAAUGGAUGGUUUUCCUCCUCAUCAAGUACCCAGUUCAAUUUCAACACUUUAUUGUGUUUAUUGACUUUUCCUUUGGGAGCAUUGUUUCUAACUACAGAUACAACUUGUUACAAACAUGGUGCUUUUUUCCAAAUGUUUUUUUUUAAGUAGAAUUAGCCUAUAUUCUAUUAGAACAUUAAAAUUCAGAGAGAACAGUGAUAACACUGGAAUAUAACAAAAGGGAUGUGUCGUGAUCACUAGAUUCAAAGGAUACCUGCUCUGACCUACACCUUGAUGGGAUCUGGUAUAGGGACAUGCCCCAUAAUAAAUGUUUCAUAAUUAUAAGACUUAAGUAGGUUAGAAGGAAAGAAUUUAUUAAAUUUGCUUGUAAUUUUCCCCAUUCAUAUUUAAUUUUCCACUGCUAAUUGAGGUCCAAGUACAUGUAUUUGUAUUAUUUUAUCUUUCUGCUGGGAUUAUGGAUCUAACCUAACUGGUUUAAUUUGAUGCAUCUUUCACUUUCUUUGUUAUGCUUGGACUCUGAGUGCUCUUUUUAGCCAACAGUUUCUCAUAUAAAAUAAUUUGUGUUCUGCUUGGUUAUAUUCCUAACUACCACCAAGGAAAGAUGCUAUAUUGACCCCAUAGUUUAAGCUUAAUAGUCUUUAACUCAGGGGGGAUGGGUAAUAAAGAAUAUGAUUCUAAGUAGGGCCCAGCAGGUAGUUGGAAAAGAAGAUAACAAAACAAGGAAGUAAGAGAAAGAAAACUAUAAAGGGGUAAAGAGUUAGCUGUUAUCUAAGAUGCCACUGAAUGCGUCCCUGUUACGGGAAAUUCUGUGUAUAGCAGCUGUUGGUACCAUUUCUUGUAGCAGGAAAGCCUGCAGGCUACACACACAGUAUGUGAAGAGGAAAAGGCUGAUAAUGCUUAUUAUGAUAAUUGAUAUUUUCCUCUGUUCUGUCCCUUCAUACAGAAGCAAGUUUGAACAGAGAGGGUCAGCAAUCAUAGCGCACAAAUUAAAGUUUAAGACUAAGUUAUUUUUCAUAUGUCAUGGUUGGUAAAUAUUAAUGUAGUCUUCCAAAAUAGACAUCACUAUUUAAUAACUGCACUAAAUUCUGAAAUUCGCUGGUUGACAAGUAUAUUUUGGUAGCUAGAAUUUCUUCACCUGCAAUUCCAGAAUUUAAAAAAAGUAAGGGAUCUGAUUUUUUAUAGAGACUUUGUAAAUGACUGUAUAGCGUUACUAUUUGGCUAUUUUUAUGUAACUGCUCAGGGAAUUUGAAAGUGUUUGAUUUAAUGCAGGAAGUGGCAUUUUAGAUUUGUUUAAUUGAUAGAUAAGUUAGCACUAGGACAUACUGGAUAGAACAGGCCAGUUUCCUGAUGAGGUUGGUAAGGUUGUAAAUAACAUGAUAAUAGCUCAUCUUUCCUUUUCCUGUGUUGUAUGUGGAAAAUUGCUAACAUUGCUCAAUCAGAAGUGAGGAGGGGAUAGGCUGAAAAUAGAGUGCUACCCCAUUCUAUGUUGUUUUCAUGCCUAUAUUUCCAUCAUAUUUAGAUUUUUGAGAAAUGGAUUACAAAUCUCAGAAGGAUGGGAUAGGUAGAGGAAUUAACUGUACUUACAAGUUAGACCAACUAUUCUGUUAGUUUAUCUUGUCACAGGGAACAGGAAUUGUGUGAUUUGAGCUGCUGGGAGAGGCAGAAAUUUAGACUGGCAUAGGAAAGUCAGCAGGUUAGGGAAGUGGCAGAUUGUCUCCUCAGUAUUCUAAGCACAGAAGAAUUACCUGAGGAGUCUUUAACUCCCCUCUUCCUGUCCCAAGAGUCUGAAUGAAUUAGAGUCAGACCAAAUGGUGAGUCCCAGUAAUGUAACUUUCCUUUAAAGUUCUAAAUGGUAAUUGAAAAUAAGGUAAUGUGAACAGUAAGGAGUGACACUAAAAUUUGAACAGAACUGUUACUUUGUUGUAGCUGUAUAUGUUAGAUCUACUUAAUUUCUUAGGUUUUGAGAACUUAAAAAAUGCUAAGAAAAGUUCACAUAAAGCACUUAACAGAUCAAACACCAGAUGAAAAAUCAAGGUUUAAUGUUUUCAAAUUAAAGAAUUAAGCUGUUUGCUUCAGAUAGCUGUCUGAUUCUGUCUUAUAAGGCAUUCUACAAGAAGUUAAUACAUUUGCAUUUAAAAUUUUCAUUUCCAUAUUCAGUGUGGCUAAGGAGGAACUUGGAAAACAAAUUAGGUACUCCACUGCACUUUUUGUAUAUGGACUUUCUAAAGUUAUGCCCCUUAAACAGAUUUUUUCCAUACACCUAGCUAUUGGUGGUGUUCAGGGCCACUGACUUGCACGCCCUUGGUGCAUCACUCAAAUAGAACACAAUUCAUAGUCUGUUCGAUACUAACACACUUUGAUACAUAUUUCAAAAAUUCAAAUAUUUUUCUUACCAUUGGUUCGUGUAUUGCCAUUUAAGCAAAAUUAAUGUACUGUGAUCAUUUUACUAUUAUUUAAAUGAUGUUGCCUCGCUUAGUGCUUUCAUUUUACAGUGUUUGAGAAAUUCAGUUCUGAUGAUUGUGUGUGCAAGAUGUUUAUGUGGGUCCUGUAAAAAAUAACUAGGGUUGGUUUUGAUUUGCUAAGGAGAUGUAAUAUUUUAUUUUC